CGCUGGUUUCCCCGCCCUUUUCGCUGUAUCUGUUACAUUCUUUCGCAGUUUGUAUCAAAGGUACUUACAGUUACGCUUCAUACUAGUGAACCCCUUAGCAUCUAUAUUGGGGUUAUUACGCGCUUAUUUGUCAAUUUUUUUUUGUGUUUAUGUUCCUCAAAAGCCUAAGGGAGGAGAGGAGCCAGUCACUUUGUUCCCGUCAUCAGUAAACAGCAGAAAUGGCAGAAGCCCAUCAGGCUGUGGCGUUUCAGUUCACUAUCACUCCAGAGGGGAUCGACCUGCAGCUUUCCCAUCAGGCCCUGAGACAGGUCUAUCUGUCAGGCCUCCGCUCCUGGAAGAAACGGGUCACACGGCUGAAGAACAACGUGAUCACUGGUGUGUAUCCUGCCAGCCCGUCCUCAUGGCUGUUUGUUGUCAUCGCAAUCCUGGCCACCAUGUACACACGCUCGGACCCUUCCAUGGGCCUCAUCGCUAAAAUCCAGGAACAUCUGCCAGUCGGAGAUUCUCUGAGCAUUCAGUGCCGGACGGUGGUUUCUGCAGUGUUGUUCAGCACUCUGCUCUGGUUGUUGCUGAUCUUCACCAUGAGGCUUUGUCUGAAGCAGUUACUGUCGUAUCACGGCUGGAUGUUUGAACAGCAUGGGAAAGUGUCCAACACCACCAAAGUCUGGGCGGCCAUGGUCAGGAUCUUCUCAGGCAGACAGCCUCUAUUGUACAGUUACCAAGGAUCUCUGCCCAACCUGCCUGUUCCAGCAGUGAAGGACACCGUUAAGAGGUUCCUGGAGUCUGCACGUCCACUGAUGAGCGAUUCUGAUUAUGAGAAGAUGACGACUCUGGCCAAGGAGUUUGAGAGCAGUCUGGGAAACCGCCUGCAGUGGUACCUCAAACUGAAAGCCAUGUGGGCAUCCAACUAUGUCAGUGAUUGGUGGGAGGAGUAUGUCUACCUGAGGGGGCGUGGCCCAAUCAUGGUCAAUAGCAACUAUUAUGGAAUGGACUUCCUCUAUGUGACGCCUACACCGAUUCAAGCCGCGAGAGCAGGAAACACACUGCAUGCCUGCCUCUUGUACCGCAGGAAACUCAACAGAGAGGAAAUUAAACCUAGUCGCGUGCCAGUUUUAAAUGUUCCUUUGUGUGCCGCUCAAUGUGAGAGGAUCUUCAACACCACACGCAUUCCAGGAGAAGAGACGGACUCCCUGAUCCACUGGCAGGACAGCGAGUAUGUGGCGGUGUUCCACCGAGGCCGUUAUUUCCGUCUGUGGCUGUACCACGCCGGCCGCAUGCUGUCUCCCAGAGAGAUCGAGCAACAGAUUCAGCGUAUAAUGGACAACCCAUCACCCCCAGUGCCCGGAGAGGCCAAACUCGCGGCUCUGACGGCAGGAGACAGAAUCCCUUGGGCUCAGGCCAGAAAAGAGUUCUUCAGCUCAGGAGUGAAUAAGAGAUCUCUGGACUGCAUUGAGAAAGCGGCGUUCUUUGUUGCCCUGGAUGACGAUGAGCAAGGCAUGAGGGGAGAUGAUCCUGCUGGCAAUUUGGAUCGCUAUGCCAAGUCCCUUCUGCACGGCAAAUGCUACGACAGGUGGUUUGAUAAGUCGUUCACUGUGGUGGUGUAUAAGAAUGGGAAGAACGGCCUCAAUGCUGAACACUCCUGGGCAGACGCACCUAUAAUGGCUCACGUGUGGGAGUAUGUGAUGACCACCGAUAGUUUCCAGCUGGGUUAUACUGAAGAAGGUCACUGUAAAGGAGACGUGGCCUCCUCUCUUCCUCCACCUACUAGACUGACCUGGGACAUACCUGCAGAGUGUCAGGAGCGUAUCGAACGCUCUCUUGCUGUGGCACAGGCUCUAGCUGAUGAUGUCGACUUUCAUGUGUUGCCAAUUCAAGAGUUUGGCAAGGGUGACAUCAAAAAGUGUAAGAUCAGCCCGGAUGCCUUCAUUCAGAUUGCGCUACAGUUGGCCUAUUAUAGGAAUCGAGGCACGUUCUCUCUGACCUACGAAGCGUCUAUGACCCGUCUGUUCCGCGAGGGCCGGACCGAGACGGUGCGUUCCUGCACCAGCGAGAGCUGCGCCUUCAUCAGAGCUCUGGAGGGAGGAGAGAGUAAGGAAGUGUGUCGGCGUCUCUUCCGCACGGCGGCUGAGAAACACCAGCAUCUGUACAGGAUGGCAAUGACAGGAGGAGGAAUAGACCGACAUCUCUUCUGUCUCUACAUCGUGUCCAAAUACCUGGGAGAGGAGUCCCCUUUCCUUAACAAGGUGCUUUCAGAAACAUGGCGUCUGUCCACCAGUCAGACUCCUCUCCAGCAGGUGGAGCUGUUUGAUUUUGUUAACCACCCUGACUACACCACCUGCGGUGGAGGAUUUGGCCCGGUUGCAGAUGAUGGUUACGGAGUGUCUUACAUCAUCAUCGGAGAAAACAUGAUCAACCUGCACAUUUCCUGCAAACACUCAUGUCCUCAGACUGAUUCUCACAAGUUUGGAGCUGAUAUCAAGAAGGCUUUUGAGGAUCUUCUGGAGCUGAUGUCACCGGAGAAACUAGACCCGUCCAAAGCUGAGCAGAACCACUCGAAGAAAAGCAAAAAAGAUCUGUAGAGGUCGAACCGAAAAGGCCCAUGACGGUCAGAAGAAGACACGAGGUCACAUAGAACUAGAAAGUAGUGUGUUUGUGUGUGUGUGUUCGUUUGAAUGCAUGUUUGUUAUUACAUACUGUACAAACAUGCAUUCAUACAUUCCAUGCUUGCUGUAGAAAUCGAUGCCAUGAAGCCAUGAAACAACAUGAUGGUGGAAGCUGCUUCGUCUAAAAAAGUAUUAGUUUAAUAAAAUGUAUGAAAGAGCAUUAAAAGCAAGAGAUAGUUUGAUAGCGGAAAGCCUUUUGUGUUUUCCAGAAGGACCAGUCCGUUUAGAUUUAAUUUGGUCCUCAUUUUUAAAUCUAAUGAAGAAUUGAAAUGAUUAGCGUCUAAUGGUUACUGAUCUGACCAGUUAAUGUAAUGGUUGUAGGUUCAUUAAAGGUAAGCUUGAGCGAGGAUCUCAGUAAUGCAUCACCUCUGUUCCUUCUGAUGAAGGCACUUCACUGCUCUUACAGGACCAUAAAUCACAUCCAAAUAAUAACUCCUCAUCUGAACUGGAUAUUUUGAGGUGUUAGAAUAACUUGACUUUGGACUAAAAUCCUGUGUCAUUUUACUUGAAACCCAGAGCAGAUGUAUAUUUACGAUUUCAGUGACUAAUGACUCAGAAUAUUACAUGUGACUGCAGUUUUAAUGUGAUUGUCCAUAUACAUUGAUUUGUUGAUCUCACUAUUAAGUCUAUUAAUUUUAACUGUUUUUUUAUUAUUAUGUAAAUGUACUCUUUUUCUUUGUUUCUUUAAGUUAAUAUAAAAUAACUUAAUAAUUAUUCACAAUGUAUUUAGCAAGCUUAAAUAUGUGUAAUAGGCAAAAAGAAAGCAAUGUCCUGAGAAGAAAUCAUUUACGACAAAACAGAUUUCUGUUAUUAUCUCAGGUGUUUCAAAUACUUGAUUUAACUUCAAAAAUAAAUCAAGGCCAGUCACUUGCAAAUAGUUCCUGUUUACUUGUAUUCAUAAGAGACGUCUCCUAUAGUACAAAAUCUGAUAUGAUUUUAAUUCUAAAUAGUGUGAACUUGGAAUUAAAUGAUGUGGUUAACCUCCUAAUGAACUGAUUAAAUUGCAUUAGGAUGCUUUCAAAGCUAAAUGUGCUCGUGAUUAUAAUGCAGUUAAUAUUCAUAGUAAACCAUUUAUAAUAAAUUUUUU